AUGAGUAGACAAAGGGUAAACUCCAAGUCCCCCACUGUAAAUAAGUAGAUUAGGAAACAUAGUAAGGAUUCAGAUUCAAGUUCUUCAGAAAGAAGGUAUGGAAAAUUUUGGAAACCCAAUGAGGAUGCUCUUUUGAUUGAAUUGCACUCUAAAUAUAAUGGCAACUGGCGUUUAAUAGCAGAGGAAAUCCCUGGGAGGAACUUAAGUCAAUGUUAACAAAGGUGGAAACGCAUUAAUCCAAAUAAGACUAAAUUACGCAAGUAGUGGAGUGAUGAAGAGGACAAACGUGUGAUUCUGUUUGUUCAAUAAUAUGGUCGGAAUUGGAAAGUUAUUGAAGGAUUCAUGGAAGGCAGAUCGAGUAAAUAGAUCAGAGAACGAUUUUUAAAUAAUUUGGAUCCGGAGAUCAAUCAUUAAAAAUUCACGCCUUUGGAAGAUAAAAUAAUUUUAGAAUAGUAUCGGAUAUAUGGACCAAAAUGGAGUGAGAUUGCAAAGAUGUUGGAUAGAAGACCAGAAAAUUAAGUGAAGAAUAGAUUUUAUUCGUUUAUUAAGAGAGUGCACAUGUUGGAAGAGAGAUCGGAUGAUGAUGACGAUGAUGGGGAUUCUUCGUUUUCUGAAUAACCUAAAAUUCCACAACCAAUUCCAAUUUAUCAACCUUUAGAGACUAUUUAAUCAAUCAAGGAGGAACAUGACAAUACUAAGAAUGAUUCGAUGAGGAAUGAUUCAUUUAUGAAUAUCCAGAAUCGGACUCCUUCAAAUAGAAUUCAGCCUUCAAUUAACUUAAUUUAAGGAUUGGAUUCUUUUGAUUCAAAACAAUUCGAAGGCAUUCAUUCCCAAGAUAUUUCUCCCUUCCACCAGAGAAGAAUACUUAUGGACUACAGUCCUAUCAAUUUUGAGUAUGCUCAUCACCAUCAUCCAAAUUUCGAUAUUGUGUAAGAGGAUGUGAAGGAAUUGAGGAAUUAGAUAGAAUGUAUUAGCUUAGAAAAGAUCAAUUGAUAUAUUUAUUUAUUUAUUCCUUUUAGCAGAAAUAAUGCUUAUU